UCUCUCUCUCUCUCUCUCUCUCUCUCUCUCUCUCAUCAGAUUGGAUGGUAACCCUUUUGGGUUUCGACUUCGAGCCGCUUUCCUAUUCCGUUACCUCUGUAAAUUGUUUAAGUGAACUUUGAAAGCUUUUGACGUCAACUUCAUCAUUCGUCGCUGGAUCUGCUGGUUCAAGAUGGAUGACGGCUGUCAGCAUGAAAAUGGCAGGCAUAAGGUGGACUAUUAUAGAGGAGUACACUCCCCGUGGAAUAUGGCUCCUCAACAUCAAGCAAAGGAACCAAAUGCCUUAGUCAUGAAUAAGAAAAUUAUGUCCAUCAUAGCUGAAAGGGAGGCUGCUAUUCGAGAACGAAAUGCAGCUUUAUCUGAAAAGAAUGAAGCCUUGGCUGCUCGAGAUGAGGCCCUUCGGCAGAGGGAUGAAGCACUUGUUCAGAGGGAUAGUGCCAUAAUGGAACGAGAUAAUGCCCUUGCUGCCCUUCAAAUCCGGGACAACGCUGUCAACUUCCAAUUGGGUAGUGGAAUUCAACGCGGAUCGAAGCGAAUGCACCAUUCCUCUAACCAUCUUGUUGAAAUGGCAGAAGCCGCAUACAGCACAAAGGAUACCACCAUAACUGAGGCCUUCCCGGUGACAGUAAUAAAUUCUGAAGCUGUUAAAUCUCAUCAGGCAAAGAGAAAAAAGGAAGACAAGGCAAUUUCUUCUAAGGCUUUGAAGAGCAAAGGAAAGAAAAUGGGUGAGGAUUUAAAUAGGUCAGCUUCUUCUGAAGGAACUAAGAUUAAAUCUGAGUGGGAUAGACAGGAUGUUGGCUUGAAUUUGGUUACAUUUGAUGAGACUACCAUGCCAGCCCCAGUUUGCACAUGCACUGGAGUACCACGGCAGUGCUACAAAUGGGGAAAUGGCGGGUGGCAGUCAUCCUGUUGUACUACCUCCUUGUCAAUGUAUCCAUUGCCACAGCUUCCAAACAAGCGCCAUUCUCGAAUUGGUGGAAGAAAAAUGAGUGGAAGCGUCUUUACAAGACUGCUCAGUAGGGUAGCAGCAGAAGGCCAAGAUUUAUCUAUACCAUUGGAUCUCAAGGACUACUGGGCCAGGCAUGGAACAAAUCGCUACAUCACAAUCAAGUAGCUUGCAUGCACGCAUGUGGCUUUAGUUGGCCACCUCUGACUGGACUUUAUGUCAGCUCAUGCGUCGUGAUGGUCCAAGCAUGAUAUGCUAAAAUUUUGUUGAGGGAAGGGAUUUUUUGAUGGAAGGCUGGUGCCAAGUUCUAAUUUAUGAAUGGGAUAGAUAUGAAGUAUCUUUGUACAUGUGCAGUUUAAGAUGUCAAGACCAAGGAGGGCUGCUGGUUUGCGGUCUUACCUGUCCAGUAUGAAUGUGAAUCCCUUGUUAGACAUUCUCUACCCCCUCUAGAAAUCUAUACUCUCGCUAGUCC